AUGUUGGCAACCAAUAUUAAUGGUACACAGCAUGAUCAGACGAACCAAUCAGGGAUGACCGACAGCAGUUUGUCCACCAUGAUAGAAUUCAUUAGGCGGCUGAAUUUAUCCUACGGAAUUAUAAUAGUUUUCAUCGCUUUUUUUAUUAUUUUGGGAAAUACUUUGGUCUUGAUUGUGACCUGGAGAGAAAGAAGUCUUCGUCAACCAAGUAAAUAUUUUAUUGCUUUUCUGGCUGUGGCUGAUCUUCUCGUUGGUGUGUUGGUGAUACCAUUGCGAUUUUAUAAACUCCUUCUCGAUAUUGAAUCACUACGUACAAUGUCAAUUCAUCUGUGUCGCUUUUUAGUUUGGAUUGACACAUUUACCCUAUCAACAUCCAUUUACACGUUGACAUUCAUAAGUUUUGAUCGAUAUCUCAAAAUCAGCAAACCACUUCAAUAUAAAUCACGAAUGACAACUUCCAGAUCAGUAAAAAUAAUUUUCCUGAUUGUUUUCAUUUCAUCCUCCAUUGCCACGUACGCCGCCACUCCAUUUGCAGGCAGCAGUGGAAUUUUGGACGGCGGUGUCGGUCCUUGCCGUAUAAACAAUGUUAACGACCUGGAUAAAAUUAAAGUAUUUUACACUUUUUUUACAAUCAUUGCAUUUAUGCUUCCCACCAUAUUCAUAAUGAUUAUGUACGUUCUCAUUUUUCGUAUUGCUCAUAAACGACAGAAGAUGUUCUUAAAUGGGGAACUGGGUGAAAUAAACAAUCAGAACCGACAAGGUGCAUUUCGUCAAGAUUUAAAAGUGAUAAAAAUGCUGCUGCUUGUCGUUGGAGUUUUUAUAUGUUGCUGGUGUCCUUGGAUUAUAAUAGUAUUUCUUUCGAUUUAUUCAAGUGCAUUUGUUGUUACCUCACUAAACACCUUUUACUUCAUCUUAAUUUUCGGUUAUGCAAUGCGUGCGCUUCCAUUACUGAACAGCAUGUGCAAUCCAAUAAUUUACGCUUGUCUCGACCAAACAUACAGAGAAGCCUUUAAACGUCUUUUUGAACGAAUAAUUCAUCGGCCAGAUUCAAGCCGACAACAGCCACCAUUAGCGUUACGCCCAUCGAGAAGUUAA